ACGCACGUUUGCUUACAGUCUCAGUCUCACUCAGCAAAAGUUCUCUCUCUAAAGUGUUAGAACGUGGACACAGAUACACAGUUUUUUUCAAUCCUCAGAUAUUAGCAGGAAUUUCUUGUUUGGGAUGUCAAGAAGGAGAAUGAGCUCGGCUCCUCCUCGGAAUGCAAAUGCGAGAGCUUUGGAAUUGGAGAAAUCGAAGGCGAGAAUGGAGAAGAAAGAGGAUGCUAAACAGAAGAAGGGCUGCUUCCCUUUUCUGGGUUGUUGUGCAUCUCCAAGGCCUCAUCCCGAGACUUCUGUUGCAAAAUGUGAUACCGAAACCAAAUCUUCAAAUGAUACCAGCAGAGACCCCCCAGCUGCUGUGGUUAUAUCGUCUUCAGCUACAAGUAACGUGGAAACUACUCCAUCAACUCCUAACAUAAGCGAGGAAUUGAAAGUCGCCUCUCAGCUUCGAAAAUUUAGUUUUGCUGAGCUCAAGUCUGCAACCAAGGGCUUCAAAUCUGAAUAUAUUCUCGGUCAAGGUGGCUUCGGGUGUGUUUAUAAAGGUUGGAUCAAUGAGAUUGAAGCCACGUCAGCGAGGCCUGGCUCGGGGAUCCCUGCUGCAGUGAAGACUCUCAAUCAGGAUGGACUUCAGGGUCACAAGGAGUGGCUUGCUGAAGUUCAUUUUCUCGGUGACCUCCAACAUCCACAUUUGGUAAAAUUAAUAGGAUAUUGCAUGGAGGAUGAUCAAAGAAUGCUAGUCUAUGAGUUUAUGCCGCGUGGAAGUUUGGAAAAUCACUUAUUCAAAAGGUCCCUGCCUCUUCCAUGGAAUAUCAGAAUGAAAAUUGCAUUUGGUGCUGCAAAGGGCCUCGCCUUCCUCCAUGAAGAAGCUGAAAGGCCUGUUAUAUAUCGAGAUUUUAAAGCAUCUAACGUCUUAUUGGAUGUGGAAUACAAUGCAAAGCUUUCUGAUUUUGGGCUCGCCAAAGAUGGUCCCGAGGGAGAUAAGACUCACGUAUCAACCCGAGUCAUGGGAACCUAUGGUUAUGCUGCUCCUGAGUAUGUCAUGACUGGACAUUUGACAUCGAAAAGUGAUGUUUACAGUUUUGGAGUGGUUUUCCUUGAGAUGAUGACUGGGAGGAGAUCAAUGGACAAGACGAAGCCACAUGGGGAGCACAACUUGGUGGAAUGGGCGAGGCCAUACUUAUCUGACAGGCACAGGUUUUAUCGUCUGAUAGACCCACGCCUUGAAGGCCGUUUCUCAAUGAAGGCAGCUCGAAAGGCAGCCGAGCUGGCUGCUAACUGCCUUCGUCGUGACCCAAAAGCACGGCCUCUGAUGAGCGAGGUCGUUGAGAGGCUGAAGCCUUUGCCUCACCUGAACGACAUGGCCUGCGAGUCCCCCUACUUUCAUGUCAUCCAGGGAAGGGCUAAUGGGAGCAGAACGCAGGGAGGAGGAUCAACAUCGAGGAGCAGGCGCCACUCCUUGCCAAGCGCCCCUCCUCGUGCUUCCCCUUCUAACCAUCCCGUCCCUCAACAAUCACCAAAACCCAGCAAUGGGUCUUAGGAUUAAUGUUUGUUUUAUUGCUUUGUUCUCCCCUCCCCCCAAUUUUGAGUAUCUGCUGAAGAGAUUUUUGUCUGGUUUGGCUAUGAAUGGUGGGGUGGGAGAAGUAAAAUAUAGAGAAAGCACUGUGCAGGUUAUGUGCAGGUUAUGUGCAAGGUAUGUGCAGGAUGUAGAAUUUUAGAUAUGGAAAUUGAUAUUGUUAGGCCUUUUUCUCUAGUCUUUACCUUUUGAUGCAAAAUGUAAUUAACUUUCGAUGCAAAUUGUAAUUAACUUGAA